AUGACCGAGGCCAAGCGCAAGGCCUCGGACAAGGCCGACAUCCUCGAGGUCGAGCUCGAAGGUCUCAAGGAAGAUCACGCUGCCCUUGAACAGGAAUUCAAAGACCGCGUGGAACAGCUUCAAAAGGAAAUUGCCGACCUUAACCUGCGCAUUGACCCCGUCAAGCUGGCUCAGGCCCAGGCUGCAUCGGGCGCCACAUCGGCGCUUGACAAUGAGGAGAUUGACAACUUGCGCCGUGAGGCAGCCGAACUGCGAGAACGUCUUCGUGACGCCCAAGAUCAGAACAGGCAAGCCGCCAGCAGUAGCCAGGUCCCUGCUGCUGCCGCUGCCGCCUUUGAACGCAAGAUCAAAGAUCUGCAAUCGAAAAAUGAGGCUCUGGAGCAACAGCUGCGCACGGCGAAGGCUGAAGCGACUCGCCUAGCUGCCGCGUCCGCUGGUGGCGCAGAGCGCGAUGCCGUGCAGGCCGAGCUCAACUCGGAGCUGCAGGCUCAGGUCACCGAGUGGCAGGGCAAGGCUCGCGAAGCUGAGACGGCCCGCGAUGCCUUAUCCACCAAGCUGGAGGAGACAGAGGCUCAGGGCAGCCGUCUGCAAAAGGAACUUUCCGCCCUCAAGCAGUCCAUGGACGAGCAGUCGGCAGCCUUGGCUUCGGCCUCAGGCUCGGCUGAUGAUAUCAAGACUCAGCUCUCGACGGCCCGUGCUGAGCUGGCCCAGACCAAGGCUAACCUCCAAUCGGAGCAGGAGAGUCAUGUGGGCGCAAAGAAAAACCUGCAGGAGGCCCGCGCAGAGAUCGCCAGCUUGAAGGAGUCCGCCUCAAAGCAAUCCGAUGAGGCCACUUCUACGCUGCGGCAAGAGCGUGAAAAGCACGCUGCAACCGUUCAGGAACUGCAAGCCGCCAAGGCCGCUGCCGUCGCAGAAGCUGAAUCCAAGGCCGAGGAACGCAUGCAGGACAUGACCUCGCGUCUCGGCAACAUGACCAAACAGCUGGCCCCGAUGAAGGAGGCCCUGACCAUCGUGGCCGCCAAGUACAAAGAGCUGCGCAAGGAUACGCUCAAGCUCCAGGGCGAGAUUGAACCCAGUGUCAAGCAGUGCAAGCGUGAUCUCCUGCGUACACUUGCCGACAUUGACAAGCAGUACAAGGAGAUGCUGCGCAAGUACCGCAAGGAGAUGCAGUUGCGCAAGAAGCUUCACAACGAGCUCGUCGAUCUCAAGGGCAACAUUCGUGUCUUUGCCCGUAUUCGCCCCAUCAUUGGUGAGGACGGAAAAGACAAGGCCAAAAUCAAACUCGUCACUCUCCCUAGCCCCGCUGAUGACCAGAUUGUGCAGUGCAAUCGCAAGGGCAAGGCUGAGGACUAUGAGAUGGACCACGUCUUCAGCCCCACCUCAACGCAGGAGGAGGUCUUUGAGCGUGCUCGUGACGUGAUUGUCUCGUGCAUUGACGGUUACAACGUCUGUAUCUUUGCCUACGGUCAGACCGGCUCCGGUAAGACCUUCACCAUGGACGGUCCCGAUGACAACCCCGGUCUCAACCGUCGUGCUUUGGCCCAUCUCUUUGAGGUUACGGCAGAGCGCAGUGCAGAUUGGACGUACGAGAUUGAGAUUAGCGUCCUCGAGAUCUACAACGAAACAAUCAAUGACCUGUUGGCCGACAAGCGACCCAAGGGCGGCCUUGCUAUCCGCCACGGCAAAGACGGCCCGCAAGUGCCGGAUCUUUCCCGUCACCCCGUGACUAGCGCGGAAGAAGUGCGCUCGUUCUUCAUGUCUUCUCAGAAGAACCGCAAGACCUUUGCCACCGACAUGAAUGAACACUCGAGUCGCUCGCACGCCUUGUUGAUCGUGUAUGUCAACGGCACUAACCUUUCCACGGGCGUCAGCACUCUGGGCAAACUGAACCUGAUUGACUUGGCUGGCUCGGAACGUCCUGAAAAGUCUGGCGCCAUCAACGACCCGGAGCGCCUCAAGGAGGCCACGAAGAUCAACCAGUCCCUCUCGUGCCUGGGUGAUGUCAUCAACGCCCUCGGUACCAAGCAGAAACACGUGCCAUACCGCAACUCCAAGCUUACCCACUUGCUGCAGGACAGUCUGGGCGGCUCGGCCAAGACCGUCAUGGUGGUUCAAAUUUCCCCUGUCGAAAAGAACGUGGAUGAGACCUCCAACUCUCUCAAGUUUGCUUCACGCGUCCGUGCUGUCGAGCUCGGCUCGGCCAAGAAGACCAAGGAGUCAGCCGAAAUGGCGGCUCUCAAGAAGCGUAUUCGCGAGCUCGAAUCCUCGUAA